GUGGCGGCAAGAUGGCGGCCGCCAUAGCGUGGCUGAGGGGACGCGCCUGGGGCCCGGCCCGGCGGUGCGGCCGGAGCUCCAGCGGCGGCGGUGCCUACCCCAGCGUGCCGCUGAGCUGCCCGCUGCCCGGCGUGCCCAAGGCGGUGUUCGCGGCGGCCGAGGGCCGGGAGCGGUUCGAGACGCGGGUGUCGGUGCUGGAGAACGGGCUGCGGGUCGCGUCCCAGAACAAGUUCGGGCAGUUCUGCACCGUGGGCCUUCUGGUGAAUUCGGGAUCAAGACAUGAAGCCAAAUACCUCAGUGGCAUCUCGCACUUCCUGGAAAAGCUGGCGUUCUCUUCCACAGCUCAGUUUGGUAGCAAAGAUGAAAUUCUCCUCACCUUAGAAAAGCACGGGGGCAUCUGUGACUGCCAGGCAUCGAGGGACACCAUCAUGUAUGCUGUUUCUGCUGAGGCCCGAGGCCUGGACACAGUGGUCAACUUGCUGGCUGAUGUAGCGCUCCGGCCCAGGCUGUCAGAUGAGGAAAUUGAGAUGACUCGAGCAGCAAUUCGAUUUGAGCUUGAAGACUUGAACAUGAGACCUGAUCCAGAGCCUCUCCUCACAGAAAUGAUCCAUGCGGCAGCCUACAGAGACAAUACAGUUGGACUGAAUAGGUUCUGCCCAGUGGAAAACACAGACAAAAUUGGCCGGGACGUGCUGCAUUCCUACCUGAGGAACUACUACACACCGGACAGGAUGGUGCUGGCCGGGGUGGGAAUCGAGCAUGAGCAGCUGGUGGAGUGUGCCAGGAAGCAUCUGCUGGGAGUGGAGCCGGUGUGGGGCAGUGGCCAGGCCAGGGAUGUGGACAGAUCCGUGGCGCAGUACACAGGAGGCAUUGUCAAGGUUGAAAAAGAUAUGUCAGAUGUGAGCCUGGGCCCUACUCCUAUCCCAGAGCUUACCCACAUCAUGAUUGGGUUAGAAAGCUGCUCAUUUUUAGAGGAAGAUUUCAUUCCCUUUGCAGUAUUGAACAUGAUGAUGGGAGGUGGAGGCUCUUUUUCCGCUGGAGGGCCUGGCAAGGGCAUGUUCACCCGACUGUAUCUCAAUGUGCUCAACAGGCACCACUGGAUGUACAAUGCGACCUCUUACCACCACAGUUACGAGGAUACAGGUCUCCUGUGUAUACAUGCCAGUGCAGACCCAAAACAGGUUCGAGAGAUGGUGGAAAUCAUCACAAGAGAAUUCAUUCUCAUGGCAGGAGAUGUAGGAGAGGUAGAACUGGAGCGAGCGAAGACGCAGCUGAAGUCCAUGCUCAUGAUGAACCUUGAGUCUCGGCCAGUUAUCUUUGAGGAUGUGGGCAGGCAAGUGCUGGCAACAAACACAAGGAAGCUACCUCACGAGCUGUGUGCCCUCAUCAGUCAAGUGAAAUCUACUGAUAUCAAGAGAGUGGUCACUAAGAUGCUCCACAAGAAGCCAGCUGUGGCUGCCCUGGGUGACUUGACAGAUCUGCCCACCUACGAGCACAUCCAGGCAGCGCUCUCCAGCAGGGACGGCCGGCUCCCACUGGUGUACCGGCUCUUCCGAUAGACCCUGCACGUGCCAGAGCCGCUGCCUUUUGAUAAGGUUUUGAGAUGAUAAUAUUGCUGCAAACCACUUCCCCCUCUCCCCCAGUCUUUCCAGGCAGACUCUGCAAACAUGGAGCUAUGCUGCAGCUGAAAUACACUGUUUCAGAGCAAUGGGCUGUCAAGAGCUUGGUACCUUGGGCUUAAAGGCCCACUCUGGCUCUGGAUGAGUACUUUGACCCUCUGAGUAGGUUACAAGAGAGGAU